UCAUAUAUGAUCAUUUUUCCCAAGUAUAUUGAUAAUAAAAUACUCAGUCAAAUAGAAAUUAAAAACAGAGGAGAUUGAAAGAAUUUUGAGUUAAUUUUCUUCUGAUUCGUGUGGAGGAAGAAUACCGAAACUGACGUAGGUACGGUAAACCGACAUACCCGUGUUUCUUGAUCGUAAAGUACUCCGUCAGACGGAACGUGAGAUUCGUCUACUCUGUGCAAUGGUUGGAAUUCAAGUGGCAGUUUCUGUUUGCAAGCGCGUUCGGUUAGGUUAUAUUUAAGACCGUCUUAAAUUUAUCUUCAGAUGCUUCGUAGCCGAUGGUCGUAAAUAUAAGAUCUAACUGUGAAUACCGACCUUAACGGAGGAGAGAGAGGAAACAUCCUAGGGAAUACGGAAAGUGCAGCUAAAAGGAGCAGCCGAUGAACGACGAGUCGAACAGAGCCUCUUUAUCUUUACGAAACGUUUUCUCCCGAAUGAGUUCAUAAUUACCAAGCUUUGAACCGCACCUGAAGAGCCAUUGCUUGCAGUCGAAGAUCGCAGAAAUUCGUACGACUCAGCUCCCUCGAGAGAAUUUCCGCCAUUUUAUCAAACGACUUGAGCGACACCUCUGGCCUGUUCUUUUUAGCUGCACCGGUGAUGAACACCGCUGCGAUAAGUUAGAGUGAAACAAGUAUAUUUUGUCUCGCUCCAACUUAUCGCAUCAGUUCAGUAGAAAAAAAAAACAAUUUAGUAAACGCUUUGUGAUAAUUGCUUCCGAUUGGUGCGUUCUCCCAGAUUUACAGAAAAUCUGAAAGAAUACUCCAACCAUGGACAAUGAUUACAAAGCGGCUUUGGCUGAUAGUCAGAUCUUAUAUUUAAGAUCGUUUUAAGUUUAUCUUCGGAUGCUUCGUAGCCAAUGAAAUGAGCCCGUACAUCUGAAAAUCAACUUAAGACGGCCUUAAAUAUAAAAUUCUGCUAAGAAUACCAACCUUCGUAAACUUUUCCGCUGAGAACGUAGCGGCAUCGUAACAGUUCGGCCGCAGCGCAGCCGAAAAGAACAGACCACCUAGUGUACGUCGUCGGAAACACUCGACGAACUCGCCCGAACGAGCACGAGACUCGCUUUGCAUAGUACGUACGAAAACAUGGCUCCCGAAUGAAGGACGCUAUACGCGAGUCUGUCCAGAUCCUGUCUCUUUUACGUACGCGCGUUUAUUUGUUAAGUCACAUAGGCCGUAGGUUCACGCAGAAUGAGCAAUCUGUCUCCGUUCGGCGGCGGCAAGAACCCGCCGUGGGUCCGCAAUGCAGGACAAGGUAUACAAAAUAUCCAACAACCUAUGCUUGGUCAAGCCAUGGGUAGUAUCGGAGGACAGCCUAUGGUACAGUACCAGCAGCAAACCCAACAGGUCUAUCAACAAAGUCUAGGAUUGCAACAGCCCAACAUUACCAUGGCGUCAAUGGCUACCCUUGGCUCGAAUUUACCAUCCGGUAUGCCUGGUCAGCUAUACCCACAAGUUGCCACAGUUUCUUAUCCAACGCCGCGAGCAUUGAACACAAAUGCUUUUCAACCUUCCGUAGCCGGUGUCCCGCAGCAGGUGCAACAGAAUGUAUCCUCGUCGUCUACAAAGCAGAGAGUCUUCACUGGCACUGUCACCAGAGUACACGACAGCUUUGGCUUUGUGGAUGAGGAUGUAUUUUUCCAAAAUAGUGCGUGCGUGAAAGGCUCCACUCCCGUGGUGGGGGACCGUGUACUCGUGGAAGCGUCAUACAAUCCUUCUAUGCCGUUCAAAUGGAUCGCUACUAGGAUACAAGUGCUCGCUAUGGGCAAUAAUAACAACAGCGCGAGCACUCAGCAAACUAAUCAGCCGAAUCGCCAGCAACAGCAACAACAGCAGCAGCCGAAUAAGACAUCGGGCACUUACAACGCUGUGCCUCCGCCCACUGAAAAUCCUAAUAACAGGUUUACAACGAGUACAACAAAUUCCAAUACUACCAGCAACCGCAACAAGGUCGGUAGAGUGAGAGAGAGGUCUCCUCGCGAGCGGAGGAACGACGACGAAGAUAUUGAGAGGAAGCGUCGCCGCGAGGAGAGAAUAAGGGAACGCGAGAAGAAGGAGGACCGAAGCCCGUCGCGAACGCGAAGAAGCAAAUCGCCGAGGCCCCGUCGGCGCACGAGGGUCGUGCCGCGUUACAUGGUGCAAAUACCGAAAAUAGCGCUCGAUCUGCCCGAAGCAGACGUUCUUGAGAUUAGAAGACGCUAUCAAAAUAUGUACAUUCCUAGCGACUUCUUUUCCACUAACUUCAGAUGGGUAGACGCCUUUCCGCCGCACAUGCCAUUUACACUUAAUAAACCGUGCUCUUUCCAUGUUAUGCAUAAAGACGUCGAUCCUUGUAACGAAAAUACAGCAGUACUAGAACCCUCUGAUGCGGAUUAUCUGUUUUCUGCAAAGGUUAUGCUCAUAUCUAUGCCCGCCAUGGAAGAGAUAUACAAAAGGUGUUGCGGCGUUUCCGAAGACAGAGAUCCCGAUCGCGAUUACGUUCAUCCGACGCGCCUUAUAAAUUUCUUAGUAGGCUUGCGGGGCAAAAAUGAGACGAUGGCCAUAGGCGGCCCGUGGAGCCCCUCUUUAGACGGACCCAAUCCCGAGAAGGAUCCCUCCGUGUUGAUUCGGACGGCUGUGAGGACCUGUAAAGCGCUUACCGGCAUAGAUUUGUCCAGCUGCACACAGUGGUACCGCUUCCUGGAACUCUACUACAGACGCGCAGAAACGACCCACAAGUCCGGGCGAGUGGUACCGUCUCGCGUUGAAACCGUCAUACUAUUUCUCCCAGAUGUUUGGAGCUGUGUGCCUACCAGAUUGGAAUGGGACGGCUUGCAACUCAGCUAUAAGAGACAACUGGAGCGAAAGUUACUGCGUGCCGCCUCUAACACCGACGACCUGGAUGUCGCCAAUGAGACUGAUGAGGCUGCCGUCGCUGAUCAAAAGGAUGAUUCUCUGCCCGAGAAGAAGGAUCCCACGCACUAUUCUGAACUAGAUCCCAAAUCGAUGAAUGUGAACGAUUUGCGUCAAGAAUUGGUGGCUCGCAAUUUAAGCUCAAAAGGCCUGAAGUCACAACUACUGGCGAGACUUCUGAAGACUAUAAAGUCAGAGCAAGCCAAAGAAGAAGGACGGCAGGACGAGGCGGACGAAAACGAAGAAGACGUCUCGCCACCGUCGAAAGAAGAGGAUGAUAAGAAGUUCCGCGACAGUAAAGACCAUGACGAAGACAAGAGGAAACUUUACGAACGCGAACGAGCCGUACUCGAGAAAAGGUACACCUUGCCCGAUUCAUCACACAUUAUUGUUCAUCCUUCUAGAAUGGCCAAGAGUGGGAAAUUCGACUGUACAGUUAUGUCAUUGAGCGUAUUGUUGGAUUACAGACCAGAAGAUACCAAGGAACAUUCCUUCGAAGUAUCUCUUUUUGCCGAGCUGUUCAAUGAGAUGUUAACGCGGGAUUUCGGUUUCCGCAUAUAUCGUGCAUUGUGCAGUCUUCCUGAAAAAUCUAAGGAAAAAGACGAAGACAAGAAAAAGGAUAAAAAAGAUGAUAAAAGAGAUGAGAAGAAGGACGAUAAGAGAAAGGAGGAUGAGAAGAAGUCUAGUAAGAAAGAUGAGAAACGGGACGACAAGAAGAGAGAAGAGAUCAAAGAUAAGAAGGAUGACAGAGACGCGAAGAGUAAGGCAGAUGACAAGGAUAGAGAGAAGGAGAAGAACGAUGAUGAGGAGGAGGAUGAAGAUGACGAGUCGGACGACGAUGAUUCUAUGAAAGAUGGUAAAAAGGACAGAGACAAGGACGGGAAGAAGAGAAAAACGAAGCUGUACACACACGAUCCUUACCUUCUGCUAUCAUUUGUAUACUUCGAUCAGACACACUGUGGAUAUAUAUUUGAUAAAGACAUUGAGGAACUUAUUUAUACCCUGGGAUUGAAUUUGUCAAGAGCUCAGGUCCGAAAGCUAGUACAAAAAGUCGUUACGAGAGAUUCCUUGCAUUAUCGCAAGUUAACGGACAAGUCGAAGGAAGACGAUUCCAAGGAUGAGAAGAAGGACGAUAAAGAAGGGGAUAGGGGCGAUACAACCAAAGCGGAGAACGAGGAAGAUAUAUUGCGUUCCCUUGCUCUCGGAAAUAAAAAAUUGUUGCCCGUAUUUGUCGGGAGCGGACCGGUUUCGAAGAGAGCACGCAGGGAGGAUUGCGUUUUGGAGAGAAGCGACGAAGAAAUGGCUCCGGAAGGCAUCGUUACAUACAAAGGCUCCUUGCUGGAUGUGGAGAAACUCGUGAGUCAAUUGAAAAGAUCUGAGAAAGCGCGUCUGGACACCGAGGAUCGCAUGAUGGAGCUGCAGCACGAGCUGAACGUAGUCAAUGAGAAAUCUGCGAAGCAAGCCAAUAGUAUUAAAGGUCUUACGGAAGAUCUGAAGAUGUACAAAGACAAAUUGCGAGGCACGGAAGAAAAGUUCAAAAAAGUCUCUACUGAAUGCCAUACUUACUUGACCGCAGUGAAGAAUAUGUAUCACAUAGCCGCGAAGAUGAUGCAAGGCGAUGCGAGGAAGGUAGAGGUGGUGGAAAUUCAAGACGAGAAAGUCGGCGGAGAGAUGAACGGUUCCGAGUUGGAGAGCAAAUUCAAAACCGACACCAGGUGGGGUGAUAACAAAGUCCAGGUGAAGAAGGAACCGGCGGAAAUGGAGAAGGACAAGAAAUCCGACAAUAAAGUUUCUGUCAAGAAGGAAAUCGCCGAAGCGGACAAGGAGAAGAAAUAGAUAUUGCAUUGUCUAUUUAUUAUAGUAUAGAGGAUGCGCACCGACGUAAGAUUAUAAUCUUGGUUUUUCACGCUCGCACGUGUGCGUGCACGCGACCUUAGUGAAUUAAAAAAAAAAAGUCUUAAGAGGAAGGGAAGGGAAGGAAAGGGAAGAGAAGAAAUUAACAAAUCAGACAAAAACGGUAAAAGAUUUGACCGACGCGAAAGUAAGUGAUCAAGACUCCGUUUUAUAACUUUUUUCACUGUCCGUGAUAACGUGUGAUGGUUGCAUCUUUGAUUAGUGAUAAGAGUUUAGCACUUGAAACCAUGCUUGGGCGAAUAACCGGUGACAGUUCACACAAUAAUUGUUAGAGUGUCUCCCCUCUCCUUUUUGUGUUGCAGUUUUUUCGCGUCACCACGUCGAGUUUUUCAUGAACAGACAAAUUCAGCCACCCAAUAACCCUCGAAGUACCAUCAAUCUGCCAUUAAGUGCCAGAUAUUGAUAAACCGGCGUUUAUCACUACUAGUAAGUUCAGAAUGUGUUAACAUCGCAUUAAAAAAAAAAAAUAUGAAGAUUUCUACUGAAGAAUACAAGCAGCGCGAGCAUGAAGUUGUAUGUCGCAUUUCCGUUCGUUACGCAAAUACGUGUCCGGGAAAAGAUAUGUUUCGCGUGAGAACACUCUCGAAGCUGCUUUAAAGAUAAGUUACGAUUAGUUAUAAUAUUAUUUACUAUAAAAUUGCAUUCUCGUUAUAAUUGAGUCUAGCCGUCGUUUUCUUUUUUUUUCCUCAGUGUGUUUCCGAACGUGUUUCGGUGAAAAUUCUUUCUUGCAGACCAAUAGCUUUAGUUGAACUUACAGGAUGCAUAAUUUACGCAAUGAACAUGUAACGUAAUAAAUGUGAUGCCAAUGAUGAAUUUACAUUAAUAUUUGAUUUCAAAGAUAUCUGUAUCGUAUUUUUUUUUUUCUUUUAACCGAAAUUCGCAAGACUCAACAAGAAUUUUCUCAUAUCGUUGUUAGCGAUUUUAUAGUGCAGCCGGUGCAACACGAAACCGUUUCUUAGACGUGUGUAUGUGUGUGUGUGUGUGUGUGUGUGCAACAAAAAUCGAACAUACACAUGAGGUGAAAAAAAGGAAAGAAUUUAUAUUAGGAUCAUUCCCUCGUAAAGAUUGGACAGAGCUUUCCACCGGGAAUGACGAGAAACAUUACAUUUGUCACAGCAAUAAAAUUGUUUUCUUUUUCGUACGCAUUAGACGCUCGAAAAAAGAUGUACAGUUUUAAAGUAAUACGAGCCUGAAUGUUUCCAUUUGGUAUAAACGAGAAUUAGUAGCCUAAAAAUCUAGAAAAAGUGUGGUAAGAUCAUGGCAUCUUCUCUUCAAGCAAAUCGCGUCGCUCAUUGUUAUGUAUGUCCACCGCAAGUGUCACAGGAACACCUGUUCUAAAAAUGAAUUGCUAAAAAAAAAAAUAUCGUGUUCUCGAGCGCGAGCGAUCGUGGGCGUUGACGAUCGCGCGUUCCAUUGCCCAAACUUGCGACUCACGAUGCCAAGGAUACUAUUUUGUAUAUAGUUAUCUAUUGUAUGUGUAGAAAUUUUUGUAGUUUGUUAAUAGAGGAUCGCGUUUUCUCAUUAAAAAAAAAAAAUAAGACGAAGGGAAAAAAAAUAGUACGAUAACGAUAGUAGAGAGCGAGAAAAAAAAAUCGUGAAAAAUGCGCAAUCAUCGGUUUCAACUUUGUGUACGCCAACUUGUUGUACGUUCCCCCCUGAAAGCUGUAAUUAACUCCAUGAGCAAAUGGUAGUCAAAAGUACAAGGAUAACAAUAAACAUUGUUUAGACAGUA